AUGGCGUCCAUGUUCAGCUUUGGAUUUUCCGGGGACGAUAUCGAAGACGAUGUCGACGCGGGGGUGACUGAUACUGCAACUCAUACUGAUGAUAACGAGAAGAACAACAAUACUAGCUCAGCAGAUAAUCUGCCUGGAACAUCAUCUCUCCCAUCUCAAAUUGCAUACAACACAUUAAAACUAGAAAGCUCUAGCAAAAAUGAGUUUCUCACUCUCGGCCGCAGAGAGAUUUUCGACGUGCGCACCCAGCUCAUGGCCGAAGAUGCGCCGGACCACGACGAGCUCAUCUCGGGUCUUGAGCAAGGCGAUCUGAAACCAAAUUUCUACGAAGGGGGUUUCAAAACGUGGGAAUGCGCGUUGGAUCUAGCCAGACUGGUUCUCGCCACAGAUCAAGGGGAAGCUGAUAUGGCCCAUGUUAUUGAGCUGGGCUGUGGGACUGCUGUGCCUACACUGGCAUUGUUUGCUCGCUUGCUUUCUCUACCUGAAGGAUUGAUGCCCUUUAGAUUCACGCUGGCUGAUUAUAAUUCGACCGUCUUGCGGAUGGUCACCUUGCCGAAUCUACUCUUGACAUGGUGGCUCAAUACGAGGAGGACGACGACGACGACGACAUCGCAAGGCGACGACAACGGCGGCGACGGGUCGACAGAGGAGGCCCAGAAAACAGACGAGGGCGAACUAGAUAUUGACUCUGACCUCAUCAAUGCCUUCCUCACCGAUCUUGCCAUACGUGGAAUUACCAUUGAGUUCAUCUCUGGCGGAUGGUCGCCACAUUUUGUGGAUCUGGUUUUGGGGGAUCAUCAUGAUGCUCAAGCUUCCUCUACAGGAAGAAACACUCUUGUUCUGGCCAGCGAGACCAUAUACGCCCCAUCCUCACUAGAUGCGUUUUCCCAGACGUUGGUGCAGCUUCUACGAAGAGCGCAGGCCAGAAACAGCGGGAAGACCACGUCGUUGGUGGCCGCGAAAAAAGUGUAUUUUGGUGUCGGCGGGGGCAUUGAUGAGUUCCUACACGUCCUACGGCAGCAGCCACUGCAAGACAACGAACAGUUGGAUAUACGGGAGAGCAGUCAAGUUACUUCGGAAGGGGUAGGGCGUAUAAUUUUGGAGGUUAGCAUCCACGAUACUAGCACAAACACCACAAGCACAAGGACCUAG